AUGCUUAUCUGCUUUGCCAUAUUUUCACUUAUAAAAAUAAGAGUAUUUUCAAGGUAAACUAGUGAUAGCUGCCCUGAUAAUCACAAAUAUGGCUUCUAUCUCAGCUCUCCAAAUAGUAACUAUAACUUAGAAGUUUGGGAUAGCUGCAUGGACCCCGAUGAUAGUACUUAUGCAACAGGAAACAUAAUCGAUGGGAUCAAUGCAGGAUUUUUAAUGAAGGUUUCUUAUGAUGGCAACAUUGACUGGUUUAUCAGAAACACCGAUGAUACCAAUACAAAUAUGAUUCCAUUUUACAAAACUUUAUGCACUAGGAGCUUUGUGUAUUCUUUAGGAUACUCCACUAAUUCCUAGGUUGCUCAUACAUCAGGACAGACAGCUGUGUAUGUUGCCAAAUUUCAUUCCACUCAAAAACUUGUAUAUGUUAAGAAUAUCUACACAAGUGGUGUAGCUACAUAAAAAGAUAUCUUGAGUGGAGCAGACAUCACCGAGGAUAUUAAGAUGAGGGCAUAAGAUGGUUAAAUUUUGAUGGCGAAGGGCACAGCAACUUAAGGGUAUGACUAAAGAGACACUUAAGGGACUGCUUUUAACUAUUUCUAGGUAAAUGGAUUUCAAAUAGCACCAGAUCAGAGAUCAAUGUACUUCGAUCACUCCAUCAAGAACGUAUAUAGUAGCAUCUCUCCUUCUUACUUUUCAUCAGCAGUAAUGAAAUUGAAUCUGAAUUUGGAUAUUGAAUGGUAUGUAUAUAUCAAAUCAAAUGAUGGAAAUGAUGAGUCUGAUAAUGUCUUAGUUUUAGGAGAUAACUCAGUCAUUUCAUCUGGCUGUAUUAGGGCCUCAGCAUUGAAAAUGUACUCUACAACUACAACAGAAUGCGAUAUCACUAUGAUAAAAAUAAGUGCAGCUGGUGCUCUUUAAUGGGCAGUAUCUACAGGAGGAUCUAGUUAAGAUCUUUUAUUUGAUAUUGCUAGCUCUGACAAUUAUGAAAUUAUAUAUUCAACUGGUACAGUAUAAAGUUCUAAUUACAGAUACUCUAGUGAUUACGAUUUUUUUAUUGCUUCUUAGAAAAGCAGUGAUGGGUCUAAAAUUGCAUUCAAAGCUUUUGGGGGUAGUGGUGUGGAUAUUUUUAACGGAAUAUCUGUUAGUAAAAUGGGACAUAUAAGCCUUGUUGGAAGAUCCACAUCUACUGAUGGCCCUGUCCUAUCAUAUAGCUCUUGGACAUCAAUAUUCCUAAUGAAGAUAGACUCAUCAUUAGCUGACAAUAACUGCUUUUAUGAUCGAUCAGUUCCUGUCUAUACAGACAUAAAAGCUAGAAUUGAGCUAGUUUCAGAUCCAUUAUGUUUUACAAUAGCUGGUUAAACUUUAUAUACUCAUUCAAAUAUUGCCUCUGAUGAUAAAACUUCUGCUUAUACAACUCAAGGUUGGUUAAUGCUCAACCCCAACAAGCAUACCGAAUAUCCCAGAUAAAUGGGUUAAAGCAGGCUUUGGACUGAAGCUAAACUUUUUAAUGGGGACUCUUUACCCGCUACAGUGACUUUCGACACAACUAAUCAAAAGCUAACUGGAUAUUUUACUAAUGCUGGCAUUUAUUUUAUCAAAAUGCUUAAAACACUUUCUACGACUCCUGUUUACUCUGCUUAGACAUAGUUUUACAUAUAUGUUGAAGAUGACUAUCCAAUGGCUUACGGAAUCAUUCCAACCUAAAGCAUCUACGUUAAUAAGUUUUUUACACUAACACUAACUCCUAAUAUACUAUUUACAUAUCAAGUUAGUGAAGUUAUCACUCUUGAAGCUUUAAACUUUGAUUAUAGCAGCCUUCCUAGUUGGCUAAGGUUCUUUCCUAGUAAUAAUACUUUACUUGGAUACCCUACUUAUGAAUAGAUCGUGAAUAUAUCAGUAGUCUGCUAUGAUCCUCAGAGAUCUAAUGCUACAAUUUACUUCACAAUUAAAGUCUAAAAUAGCAGACCUUAUGUAAUCAGCCAACCAAAGGAUAUUUGUGUGUAUAAAGAUAAACUGAAUUAAUAAUUCAGAUAUGAGCUGCCAUAGAUUUUCUAAGAUCCAGAUGGCUAACAACUGGAUAUUUCAAUGAGUGAAAUAGCCAAUUAAGGCAGUUGCCCUGCUUAUAUAAAGUUUACAAGCAACGGUAUGGUAUUUUAUUAGGAUAAGUCAAUAGCUCCAAGCAUAGGAUAAUGCACUGUUUAGCUACUAGCGUCAGAUGGUUUUUACUCAGCAAGAACUCAAUUAAAAGUGACAUCUUUAGAGUUUAGUCCAAAGAUUGAUACAACUAACUCAUCAUGCACAAAUAUACUUUAUAAAUAUUUAGAUAAUGAGCCUGCUGGUGUCUAUUAUUUAGGGUUUUCAAAAUGCUUUCAGCAGGUAGCAACAUACUCUGCGAGUAACUUUGAUGGUUCUAUAAUGAAUAACGAGAUUUUUAAAUUUAACUCUACAAUUGGAGAAUUAAUGAUAAAUGCAUAAUUCUAGUAUUCUGGAAGCUAUUAUUUGAAACUAACUGGCUAUGAUAUCUGUAUGACAUCUGUGAGUCUGUAUGCUAACAUUAUAUUAAAUGGCUCACCAUAAUCAAAGAGCUUAAAAUUACCUGAUUAAACCAGCUAUGUGUUCGAGAGUUUUACAUUUUAACUAGAUGAUAACUGGUUCUUUGACUUUGACACUAACUAAAAUCUCUAAAUAGCGAUAUCUUAUUCCUAGGUUACAGAAUACAACUGGAUUUAAUUUACAAAUGGAAGGAAAAAGACAAUCACAGGAAAGCCUUAGUUUACUUAAAAUUACACUGUGAGAUUUACAGCCACAGAUAACUAUGGAGCAUCAGCUUACUCAGAUUUGAAAAUCAUUGUUAUUGAAAACACCAAACCUUAAUUAACUGAUUCAAGCACGUUAAGAUAUUCCUUUAAUGAGGGCUAAGUUUUCAGUAUAGAUUUACCAUAGAGUUUUAAAGACUUGGACUCGUUGGAUGCUAUGUCUUAUGGCAUACUUUAAAAUACUCAGGAUAAAAGCACAUGGGCAAUGUUUAGUCCUCUAAGUUAAACCUUAAGUGGAAUCGCUCCUACUAUAAAUACUUCACUAGGCAAUAGCUCUACAUUUACUUUUGGCUUUAUGGCUUAAGAUUCAUAGAUUACAAUUAAUAGGAGAAAUGUAUAGAUUUUAGUAAACAGAAACUUUAUUCCAAAGAUAAAUAAAACUGCUUAAAAUCUCACAUUCCUAUUCAACAGGUUCUAAGUAUACUAGAUGCCAUUAGAUUUAUUUAGUGAUAAUGAAUCUCAAACCUCACUAAGAUAUGCUCUUAAAUAAAUGAUUGGGAGAGUCUAAUAUGAUAAUAUUCAAUUGAAAGGGCUUAGUUGGUUUAGUAAUAAUAGAUCUUUAGUUGCUUUUGACCUAACUAAUUACACCUAGAUUGGUAGACACUAAUUUUAGUUAAUAGCUAUUGAUGAUCUAAAUUAAAUUGCUUAUCAGACAUUUUUCAUCGAAAUUAAAGUUGAAAAUCCCAAUUCGGUUGGUGGAAAUAUUUCAGGGACACUGACUCUUAUUGUUCUAUUAAUGAUUGCUCUUAUUGUAGUUUCAUUUUUUAUGUAAUUCAGAAAUAUAAAGAAUAUUAAAGAGGAUAGAAUAUUUUAGAGAUCUUAGCUUUAUGCAGAUAACAUCGUUGAGAAAUCAUAGAGCGAUUUGAAAAUUGAUUGA